AUGGCUAAUAGUGCAUUUAUAUAUCUUAAACUUAAAAUACUUCAUCAAUGCUCUAAAAGAAACUGUGUUAAUGAAGAAAUUAAAAAUAAAAUUAAAGAAAAUCUUCAAUUAGCCCCAAGUAAUAUUUAUAGUUUGUUAGAGCAAGAUUUUUCAGAAAUAACUCAAAGCAAAUCUAU